AUGGCGCCUCCCCCUGCAGUCGGUUGCCGCGGGACCGUUUCGCCGAGGUGCGUGGUGCUCGCGCGGCGCCUCGCCAUCUCUACGGGACAAAAACGGGAAUUGAAUCUGCAGGUGGCGGCGAAAGAGGAGCUGUCUCGGAGAAAGGCAGGCGUCAUCUGCGCCGCGUUGGCGCGACCCACAAAGAGUGGGUUGUGCCUCUUGCAGUUGUUGAGGGUUAAAGAAAAGGAAACCGCCGGGGAGGGGCGUCGUUUCGCCGCACGGUCGAGAGCAGGGAACACUGAGGAGGAGGACGGGGGCGAGGUUCUGCUGGGCCACAUUUCCCAGUACCGCGGCGCGGUGUGUGGCGAAACUGUGGCGUUGUUUGAUUAA